UAACAUGCGUUGUCUGAGCAUCCUCGCUCUUUGCUUCAUCGCCGUGCAGGCUCAGGAGCUCGACCCCCAAAGUUUCCCUGAAUGCGUCCAGAUGAGUCUCAGUGAGCAGCUUGCCAGCUACCGCAAGGAAUUUAACAACCGUCUGGGGGAAACGCUCGAUGCGGCAAGCCCGGCCGCGGAGGAAAUCCGGAACGUGUUCAAUCAGCAGAUAGAGGAUCUCGGCCAAGCAAUUUCCGAACCUCUCGAGAACGCUCAACAGAAGUACCAAGAAUGUGUGCAGAAUGCUGCUGGUUUCUUCGACCGAGCAAGAUGUGUCGUCAACACUGGACGAGACCUCUUCAACGCAUUGCUACCUCUCAUUCAGGAGCGCGCAAACGAGUUCAGAAGUGCCGUCCAGGAAAUCGUCAAUAACAUCGGUACGGAACAGAGCAACGAUACCAUGGCUCAGAGGUGAACUCAGCAGGGACAUCACGGCAUCCCUCGCGGGAUGCGUGG